GUUGGAUAUAAACUCUAAUUCUUUACAGUCUUCGGAAGCGCAUCAGCCCCACCAAGAGGAGAAUGGACAAGAACUGGAUUAUCAUAUGUUCAUUCACAAAGUGAUCCUUACCCAUUUGGACUUCGGAGUCCGAAGAAUGCAACGAGAGGUCUUCAGUCAGUUGUUCAAGCCUUCCUCAUUAAAUACUUUAUUUUUGAUAAUCGACCGAAAGAAAAGUCUGUUCCACUAGAUAAAUUACUUAAACCAACCGAGUCUGAACAAGUAGCUGCUAUGUGGAAUAGUUUGUCGGAAAUUUUAUGGAAUGUUGGAGAAAAGACUAGAGUCAAUGUAUGUCUGCCUGGUGAUAGUCCUCAUAUUAGUCAUAGUCAAAGUUACUUCCAGGAUAAUAUUACUGAAAAGCUCUUUAUUUUCGAAUUUAACAAACUAGAAGACCUCCAAAUCUUCAUCAAGCGAUACGUGUUCUUCUUCACGGAUGAUCCAAGUCCCGGUGCUUUGCUUCUUCUUUAUUCGGCUGUAUGGACAAGAGGCUUUGAAAAUAUUAGAAAUGAUUUAGAUUGUCCAAAGGGUGCUCAUUUGAUGGGAAAUUAUGAGGAAGGCUCAUUGAAUAUUGUGACUCUGUUGCUAUCUGGAAGAGCUACGCCUUAUUUGCACAACGGUGUCGUGUACGUUGGUGAUGAAGAUCAUUAUGCUAUGCCUCAGUUUGGUAUUUUAUGUCGGUCGCGUGUUGGCUUGCUGAUUUGGGAUGGUGAAGGAAUCAAUGUGACAUCUCGACAACCAGGAUCCAGAUUGAAGACUCCAGGCUUACCAAUUUGGGUAACAUGCUGCAUGGGUCAUUAUGGGAUUGUGUUUAACUCUAAUCGGGAAUUGUUACGAAACUAUCAUGCUGAAAAACGUUUUGAGUUGCAUCACUAUACUAAUGCAGGUAUUUUUGUCACAAUGACAGUCGAUAAUCGAGGUCAAGACGAUGAAGAAGUUGGCCAGCCACAGUUGCAGAGACAAAACAGUAAAGGUGAAAUUAAGGAAAGUGACGGAUCUAAUCUCCAAGCGACGCCUCUUGAAAAACUGAUUCACACUAAAUGGGCCGAUGGCAAGAUUUCUUUCCACCAUCAGAUUGAACCUGCGAAAUUGAAUUUGUAGAUUAAAUUUACGAGACUUUAUAGCUUGUUGGGAAAUAUUGUUGCAAAAAUGUUUAACAAGUUAAUGGACUUAAAUUGAUAUUUUGAGAUAAAAAUGACCAAAAAUUUAUUUUGGAGACUUUCGAG